GUUCUCUCUCUGUUCCAAAGGUGGUUGGUUGUGUGCUCGUGGCUGAGAAUCGGGAGCGCGCGUUGUGUGACAGCUCAGGGCAGUCCACGUCAACACAGAACGAGCGAGCGCAGCGGCAACAGAGAUGGACUCCACUUGCCUGGAACCGUCCCUCUAUACAGUAAAAGCAGUUUUUAUUCUUGAUAACGAUGGCAACAGACUUCUUUCUAAGUACUAUGACCCUGAGCUUUACCCCACCAUGAAGGACCAGAAGAACUUUGAGAGCAAUGUCUUCAGCAAAACACACAAAGCAGACAAUGAGAUAGCAUUCUUGGAGGGGAUGACCAUCGUGUAUAAGAGCAGUAUAGAUCUUUUUUUCUACGUGGUGGGAAGUGCUCAGGAAAAUGAGCUGAUGCUGAUGUCUGUUCUGAACUGUCUGUUUGACUCCCUCAGUCACAUCCUGAGAAAGAAUGUUGAGAGGAGGUGUUUACUGGACAAUAUGGAAGGAGUUUUCCUUGUAGUAGAUGAAAUCAUUGAUGGGGGAGUGAUUUUGGAGAGUGACCCCCAACAGGUCUUACAGAAGGUCAACUACAGGGCUGAUGACAACCCUUUAACUGAACAAAGUGUGGCCCAGCACCUAACAGAGAAGCUGGCACUGACCACUAAUGUUCUGCAGUCAGCUAAGGAGCAGAUAAAAUGGUCCAUAUUAAAAUGACGUGGAAAGAACAAUAAAACAUGAAUGAUCUGUCAAAAGAA